AUGAGGGAUUACCGCUCCUCCCCACCACAGGCCAGCCCUGAACCCCCCAGCCACACCCCUGCCCAAAGCCCAGGCAUGGACUCCAGACACAGCAACCCCAGUGGGACUGGGGAAGAGGCCUCCUGCUUGGAGGAUCCUGGCAGGAGUUUGGCCUGCCCAUCCCUGACUUGCAUCCCUCCCCAGGAGGCAGCCACCAAAGUGGGAGCGCAUGGAGCCUCGAUCUCAGGAACACCAGAAGCCACCUUCUCUGGGAAGCCGGAGCUUGUGUCCUCGGCGAACACUGAUCUCUCAUCCUUGGAGAGCAGAAAGCCUGAGUUCUUGGAGAAGUUGGACGCCAAGCCUUCCAAGCAGGCAGAUCCCGCUAGCGUAGAGAAGGAAGACGCCGGGUCCUUGAGAAAGGCAGAUCCCAUGUUCCUAGGAAAGACAGAGCCUGCCGUCUCGGGAAAGGGGGAGCCUGUGGCUUCUGGAAGGAUGGGUCCUGGGACCCCAGGAGAGGAGGAUCCUGUAUCCUCGGCCAAAGUGGGCCCUGCAUGCCCAAGACAGGAGGAGCCCAGGUGUUCGGGACAGAAGCUUCCUGUGUCCUCAGAAGAGGCGGGCUCUGCAUCUUCGAGCAAGGCACACCCUGUGUCCUUGGGAAGGAGAGAUCCUGGGCCUGCAGGGAAGGCCGAUCCCGGGUCCUUGGACUAUGCCCCUUCUGCGUCUGCAGGAAAGACAGAUCCUGGGUCCUUGGCGAUGCUGACGCCAAGGUCACCAGUCAAAAUGGAGCCCAUAUCCCAUGAGACAGUGGCUCCGGGGUCAGCGGGAAGGGGUGGACGCUUGGAGAUGACCGAUCCUGUAUCCGUGGGACAUGCAGAAACUGUGUCCUCUACAAAAGAGGACCCUCAGGCCCCGGGAAUGACCGAGCCUGCCUCCUCCAGAAAGGCCAAUCCCGUGUCUGUGAGAAUGACAGCGACCGGGUCUGCUGGGCAGGCGGGAGCUGGGUCAUUGAGCAACAUGGGUCCAGCUCCCCUGGGGAAGGUGGAUCCUGUGUCCUCGGAAAAGCCUGAGCCCUUGUCUCCUGGGCAGGCCGGACUGGCACCUGUGGGAAAGGCAGGAGCUGUGUCCUCCGAAAAGGAGGACUCUGCAUCUUCCAGAAAAGCGGACCCCCUCAUUUCUGCGGGAAAUAUAAAAACGUCAUCAUCUUCUGGGACAGUGAGUCCUGACCCUUUAGGGAAGACGGACCCUGUGCCCUCGGUUCCCGGGGAUCCCAAGGGCUUGGGGACAGCGGGGCCCUCGUCUUCUGUAAAAGCUGGGGCAGCGCCCCUGUCCUCAGAGAAAGCAGGACCCAUGGCCUCCGGAAAGGUGGGUCCCACCACCUCAGGGAAGGCGGAACCCGCCAUGGGCAGCGUGGGCCCUGUGAGCAGGGGGAAAGCAGGAAGUGUGUCCUCCGGAGAUUUGGACUCCGUGUCUGCGGGAAAGGUGGCACCCACGACCAUAGGGAACACGGCCCUGGCCCCCUCGGGGAAAGCCGAUGCUGCCCCCGAGGGAAAGACAGGUGCUCUGCUCCCAGAGAAGGCGAGUCCUGUGAACUCCUCGAAGGUGGGCCCCGGGGCCUUGGGGAGCGCAGACACAAAGCCCCCUGCGCAGGAGGGUCCCACGCCAUCAGGAAAAGCGGCCGAGGCCGCGUCUCUGCAGAAGGAGAAGCCCCUGGCCUCGGAGAGGGAGGAUCCUGGGUCCUCGGGAAAAGCAGGCCCUGCUGCCUCUGGGAAGGUGGAGCCUGCGGCCCUGGGGAAGGCAGAUGCUGCUCCACCCCCAACCCCGGGUAAAGCAGAGCCCCCGUCCUUGGGGGACGUGCCCCCUCUGACUCUGGAGCAGGCAGAGGCCCUCUCCGGACCCAGGAAACCAGCCGGAAAAGCCUGCGGCUCAGCCACCUCUCCCUCGGUUGCGGUUGCCCGGAGCAGUGGCGGGAGCCUGGUGCAGCCAGCGCCGGCCAUCAGCCCGGAGGCCUGCAGCCCGGAGGCCGAUGCGCCCCCGCCGGGGCCGCGGACUCGGGACAACUUCACCAAGGCGCCGUCGUGGGAUGCGGGCGCCCCGCCGCCGCGCGAGGACGCGGGCACCCAGGCGGGCGCGCUGGCCUGCGUGUCGGUGGCCGUGAGCCCCAUGUCCCCGCAGGACGGCGCGGGCGGCCCCGCCUUCAGCUUCCAGCCGGCGCCGCGCCCCGCGCCCAGCCCCGCGCCCAGGCCGCCGUCGCGCCGGGACGCGGGCCUGCAGGUGUCGCUGGGGGCCGCCGAGACGCGCUCCGUGGCCACCGGACCCAUGACGCCGCAGGCCUCCGCGCCGCCCGCCGCCGCGCCGCCCGCCUUCCCCGAGGUGCGGGUGCGGCCGGGCUCGGCGCUGGCCGCCGCCCUGGCGCCCCCGGAGGCGGCCGAGCCCGUGCGCGACGUGAGCUGGGACGAGAAGGGCAUGACGUGGGAGGUGUACGGCGCCUCCAUGGAGGUGGAGGUGCUGGGCAUGGCCAUCCAGAAGCACCUGGAGCGGCAGAUCGAGGAGCACGGCCGCCAGGGGGCGCCCGCGCUGCCCCCGGCCCCCCGCCUGGGCCCUGGGAGGGCCGGGUCGGUGCGCGCUGCGCCCCCCGAGGGCGCCGCCAAGCGCCCGCCGGGCCUCUUCCGCGCGCUGCUGCAGAGCGUGCGCCGGCCCAGGUGCUGCUCCCGAGCCGGGCCCACGGCCGAGUGA